AUGGAUUAUAUUGAACAAUUAUUCAAUUUAUAUCAUACAAGUCAAUCUCUCAGUGCUCGUUUGUUAACAUUAAAGAUUCUACGUGAUCUAUUGAUAUAUUUACCAGAUGAUACGAAUAGAUCUUUUAUUGAAAAUCUAUUAAUGAAAAUUUUAUUUUCUAUUGGUCAACAUUUUAAUUUAUUAGAAACUGAAAAAAUAGAUCUUGAUAUUAUUAUUGAAUUUAUCUAUAUCUAUCGUACGAUUAUAUCAUAUAAUUCAUCAUGGCAAAAGUUCGCAACGAAAUUACUUAUCGAUGCAAUAAAAUCCUGUAUGAAUUUCAAUCUUACAUCGUUAAAAACAGUCGAAUUACAACAAAUGAAUUUCUUUCUUGCAUCAAUAUGUAUCUUAGGUGGUUAUGUUCGACCAUAUUGUUUGGGAUCAACUGUAGAAAUCUAUUCAACUAAUACAGAUAUACAUGAAUUACAAUCUGCAAUUAUAAUUGAACUCGUACAAUAUGCAGCCACGAAUCAAAUUGAAUGGAUUUCAUCGAAUCAAAUACGUAUUAUUGUAGAUGUUCGACCACCAAAUCUCUCACUUUUAUCAAUCGACAAUGCAGUUCAUACUAUACUUGAUACAUUAGGAUUUCUUACACAAACAAUCGAUGCAUCAACAAUUGAUUCAUUAAUAUUAUUAGAUAUAAAAUGUCGUGUCAUAAAAGCAUUAUAUGAUGUAUUGAAUUAUAAACAAGUUAUUGAAAUUUUCAUGCAGAAACCUUAUGCAUCAAUUAUUGCUAAACUAUCGACUUCAAUGAAUUAUUUUGAUUCAAUUCGUAGUACAAUACCAAAUGAUUUACGAUUAUUUAAUCAAUUACAUUUAGAACAAUAUUAUCUAAGUUUAGAUAGAUAUGUAAGAAAAAAUCAAAUAGUAGAAAGCAAGGGUGUGGGUGUGGGUGUGAGUCUUUCUUAUUAUACCCACACCCACACCCACACCCACACCCACACCCACACCCACACCCCACACCCACACCCCACACCAACACCCCACACCCACACCCACAUCCCACAUCAUGGGCGGCGGAGCGGUCUUAGUCUAGGGUAGGCUCAACUUUUAAGCCAAGCCGGCACCGAGAGUCAAUUAAAAGACUUUUUUUUUCGUUUAUAAUGGUAAGCGCUACAGAUUCUCUUGCUAGGUUUAAAUUCCGUAGAAUUUGAUAACUAAAGGAUGGUUCGAAAGUUUCGACCCCUCUCUAUAAAUCGAUAAUAUCUACAACAAACUUAUACAAAGUUAUUGAUCAAAUUGUGUUAUUUUGUAGAGGAAGAUGAGAGUUAUCAUUUGAAAAAAAGAUUUCGAAAUACAUAAAUCUGUUAUAAUGUUAUGAUCAUUUUAGCAGCUUUGAGCUGGCAUCCCACUCCUCUUUUUCCUCCUUUUCUUUUGUUCUUUUAAAAUUCCUCUUUUUAGCCUCUUUUUUCGAAAAAAUCCACUUUUUCCUUUUUUCUCAAGAAGAAGCAGGUCGUUGACAAAAAUAUUCAUGAAUAUAUUGAUUAUUGUACCGUAUCAUACAAAAAUAUCACAUAACAAACUGAUGUGCUGAUCAGUCACAAGUUGUAUAGCUAAGGAAGCUAAAGUAUAUGAUUUUAGUGAUCAACUUCAGCGAUAUUAUAUAUUCAUAAUCGGAACCCAAUUUUUGUAGUUCUCUAGCGGAAGCAAAAGCAUUCAAUUAUGUUUCCAAUAUGAAAUCAUCAUUCUCUCACGAUCUUAACAUGUUUUUGUGUACUCAAAAAGUGAGUACACUCUAAAAUCGGUCAGUGUGUCAGUCCGGCCAUUUACACGAUAGCUUUUGAAAGGAGAGUCCGAUUGCAAUGAAAUUUUCUACACAGUUUAGUCUCAACAAUAUCUCGGUCGAGUUCGAAGAUGAGAAUGAUUCGUCAAGCCGUUCCUGAGUUAUUGGAAAAAUAGUCAUUAUUUCCUAUGCCUUCCUAUGCGAAAAUCGACCUGUUCCCACUUUCGUAAGAAACUUUUCCUAUCAUAGUCAAAUAAACCCCCAACUAUUAUAUACCAUUCGAUAGAGAAUUUCACGAGCUACAAAAUGGUAUGUAAAACAUAAAGAAACAAGAAGACUAACUCACCUAUUGCAAAGAUAAUUAAACGGGAAAUGGUUCUGUUCUUAUCCAUACUCUAGUUGAUCCACAAUUAGAGCUCUGUCUUUCGAUCACAGAGAUGAUAGUUCGAGGUUUUCUGGGUCGGAGAACUCUAAUCCAAGCUCCGUUUGCCUUGAAAUCCUAUUGGUUGAGCAGUAACCAAUAGAAAUCCAGCUAUAGGAAAAAACGACUUUCUUAGGGUAAAUCAAGGCGAAGAGUUCAAAUCUGAGCUGUAUUCAUCUCUAAGUCCUAUUGAUUGAGCAGUAGCCAAUAGAAUUCAAGUGUUUUAUAGAAAAGGUUUGCCAGGAUCAUUUUUACGUCCACACAUUCUAGGAUGCCUCAUCUGUAUCAUUCACUUUUUGAAGUACACAUAACUCUCGGGUUUAAAUCCGAGGUUUCCACAUUUAUUCUGGUUAAGAUCGAUAUGUAAAAUUAUAAUCUCGAGCUCACUUUUCUUGACCACUUUUUUCGGCCCCAGAGAAGCUUGUGAUAUGAAUCUAACAAUAGAUAGGUAACUCGUAGCGUAGCACAUGCUUCAAAGCAAAGAGUUCCUAGGAUGACUAGACUCAGUCUAGAAUUCUGUCAGAUUCAAUGGGAUUUGUUCGGCAAGAUAGCUUCCGAUAGUAUGAUAACAUAAGUUGAAGAUUUCUGCUUAUCAGAAAAUGAAGUAACCCCUCUUCCUCUUCUUCUGAGUUUCUUCGUAUUCAAUCACAUUUUGGAGGUUCGUAUAUCUCCAAACUGUACACAGAGAAAUAUAAUCGUAUACGAAGAAAUACAAAGUAAAACGAAAAGUGUAGAUGAGCUUUGUUUGUCUAUAAACGAUCAUAUUUUUGUGCAUACGAUCACGGAUUUAUACGAUCACAUUACUGGGUGAUAUGAAACGCCGUAUUUCUCCAAUUACGAGCGUGUUUGCUUGACAUGGGUUAAUAUUGACAACGGUUUGAUGAUACUUGGAAGAAAUCGGAUAUGAUGGAAUGCAACAGCAACAAACAGGGGUAUCCGAUAACCAAAAAGUAAGAGAUCAUCCAAUCUACUCAAUACAAGUAAGUCGUUUUAUACAGAACCCAAGAAGAUGAUCAUAUGUCACUGCGAAAAAUUAAGCUUUUUCGAUAGCACGCGGUCAUAUGAUUCCUACAAACCUGCUGUCUGGACACAGUUGCAACCAAUGUAUUAAUUUAUGUUGAGAUAACGGAAAAGUGAAACUGACUUGCAAAAAAUGGUCAAAAUGACGGAAGAAUUGCCGAAAAUUGAAAAAGCGCAAGAAAAACUUUCUUACAUGCGCAACCAUCCGAAAAAAAGGAACAAAACGCAAAAAGGACAUUUAAUGAAUUUUGAUUGUUUCUAUUUCUAUAUACCUACUUAGUUAGACAGUAAUACUAUACUCAGAUACUAUGCAGAUAGAAUAUUUAGAAUAUUUUUCUAAUGUUUUCCGGUUUUCUAAUGGAUAAAUACGCAGCUGCACAAAAAUCUCUGAACAAUUUGGAAGUUUCGUUUUUGUUUUUCUCUUGCAAGUCAUAUUCAAUCUAUACUGAUAAUGUACGAGUUUUGUCGGAUCUAUAGUACUAUAGUGCCGGUGAGUUUUAGUUUUCUUCGAAAGGAAACUGUACGCCUCUUUUUCUCCUCAUUUUUUUAUUAAAAAGGCUCUUUUUUUUCAAGAAUGCUGGGCAUCUUUUUUUCUCUUUUUUUUUUACAAAGUGUUGGUGAGAUGCCAGAUCUAUUUCCAAAUAUUUUUUCACAUGAUAACUCUUAUCUUUCUCUAAAAGAUGACGUAAUUUGAUCAAUAACUUCAUAUUAGUUUGUUGUAGAUACUAUCGAUUUAUAGAGAGUGGUCGAAACUUUUGAACCACCCUUUAGAGAAUUUUAACAACGAACAGACCCUAUCUGAGCCUCUUUUAUCUCCUCAAUCUAAGACGAUUCGAGCCUACUCAAGCUUUUUUAUAUGUUUAAUUUAGAAUAAUUCGAACCUACCCAAGCCUUUAUCUGUCCCAGUUUGAGCCUACCCAAGCCUACCCGACUCCAAUCUAGAGUAGGCUCGAGCCUACCCAGGACUCGUGGCUCCGCCGCCUAUGCCCCACAUCCACACCCACACCCACACCCACCCGCACCCACGUCCACACCCCCAAGAUAGUUUACGAGUAACAUCCAUACCCUCCCCCUCGGCGCUAUAUGCAUACACGUUUUUAAAGUCUCAGUUCUAAUAGUAACUCGCAUCCGAUCGAGGGAUACUUUUCAACAGUAGUAUCUCGUAAAUUUUAUACAUAUAAAACUCUCAACAGUUUGCUUUAUCACUCCCUUUACAUUUUUGAAAUUUACAUAUUAUUUAUUAAGAAUGGGAACAAAAAAUUUAGUAAUAUGUUGUCAUAUGAAACUUUUAGAUUACUCUUCAGUCAAUUUAUAUUCAUUCAUGAUUUCGGAAAUUGUUUUCUUUGCUUCUUUCUCAUUCAGAUCUUUAAUCGAUUUUUCGUAAUCCAAACGAUUUGAUAUGUACUGAGCACCCAUCACUGCAGAAAGAGCAUAAUUUGGAUUGGGAUAACGUAUUAAAUUGAGUAUCUCUUGAAAUACAAUCCGCAUUGUUGUUUGAUGAGUCCAUUUGCUUUGUAAAAUAUCAUGACAGAUGCGACCAUCCUCAUUUAUAUUGCAAUGAUAAAUAGGUGUUAUGAAGCGUAUAUUAGGUGGCUGAAAAGGAAAGUCAGAUCGAAACUCCACUGACAGCAACCAAUGAUAGCCAGCAUAUGGCGUACCAUCAGGUCCCUUCAUAAUAACUUUCCAGAAGAGUGAAUUUUCUUGCGUUAAAAACACAGUAAAAUUAUCUAAAGAUGACUUUUUCAAAUCAUCAAGUUCCUUUAGUAUCCGACGAUUUGACAUGGCCGACGCUUGACCUAUAUUUAUUUUUGCGUUUCUAACGUUAAUGGCAGAUUGAUAAAGCUUUUCUGUUGAACGAAUUUCCGGUUUUUCAACUUUUACAUGUGACUUCUCAUCACGUAAGCAAACCAUAAGUGAUGCUUCGCGUUCAAAUAACUUUGCCAUCUCCAUUUUAUCAUAAGGCACAUUUAUAUAGUAGAAUCCUUUUGUAGCCUCACAGAGUUGAACUAGGUUUGAUGAUUCAUGUUUCAUAAAUGCAAUGGUAUCGAAAACAAUCUUUUCAUUUUUUAAUUUCGAUUUAAUUGUUCCAACUGAUGCUUUUACGCUGCUAUUGUCUUCACCAUCUGAAAAACAAACAAUGAGAGAACGACAUUCAGUACUCAAUUGCUUUUCGUUAUCCUUGCGAAAGCUAGUAAUUGAUUGAAUAGCCAUUUCGAUAGCAUCAUACAUAGGAGUCGUAUUGCCACAUGUUGGUAGAUUGCUUGAUGCCUUCUCAAGCUGGCUCAGAUCUUUCGAGAUUGGACAUUUUUGAUUAAUUGGAAUGCCAGCAGCACCGAAAUAUAUAAGUCCAAUAGCUUGUGGAAAUCGAUAGCCAACAAUUUUAUCACACCAUAUGCCAAGUGCAAUAGUACUAAGAUCAAGUAAGCUUUGCUGGUUGUCUCGUUGUUUUCCUACCAUUGACUUCAUUGAACUACUAACAUCGAAGAGCAAGACAGUGAUCUGUUUGAUAAGUUGUGUGUCUUCUAAACUUUCUCGAACAGGAAAAUAAGAAUAUUGGUUCAAGUCUUCAUCAUUGGCAAUAUCGUCCUUUUUGAAAGUAUUUCGUGAUUGAUCCCCGAAAGGAUUAAAACAUUUAUAAUUAUCUCCACUUUUCUCUUGUUCAAUCAGAUAGACAACAUAAUUACUUUUUAGUAGGACGAACUGAUUAUAUUUCGUUUUGUCAAAAGUCGACGGCUUUGCAAAUGUGAAUUGACGAUAAAUACAGUUUUGUCUCAGAUGAUUAUGAAUAUUUUUAAUUUCCUCUUCUGAAAGCAUAGGUACUUUUAAUCUCUGUUCAAACACAUUACCAAUAGAAAACAUAUUGUUCUGUUCAGUGGGAACCCAUAUGCGAUAAUUUCUGCAAAAAGAAAAACAAUAAUUAAAACUAUCGAAAUUAGAAAGUAUUUUAUAACUUACUUAAAAUAUUUUUUAAUAAUAUCUUUAUCUGAUUGUUGUUUUAUCCAUGCAACAAGAGCAAUUAAAUCAGAUUGACGCACAAAAUUCCUAUUGAUUCUCUCUUCGUUCUGUGCAUCGAUCAACUCCUUGAUGCUAAAUCGAUCAUCGGCAUUUGAUAGAAUUUGAACAGAUUGGUAGCAAUCGAAUUUUGUUAAAGAAUGCUGUGUACUUUCGAAUAAAUGAUAAAAAAUAUGAGGCGUGUACAGGAAGACAUCACUAUCUUCCACCAUAGAUUGUGGAAGUAUUUUCCGAAAUAGUCGAAAGAAUGCUUCACUAACGAGUUGUUUCUCGAAUAGAAAACAUUCUCCUUCUAGCAAAUGAUAUAAUGCCAGACAUGCUGGUGGAAACAGAAAUUGACGAAGAAGAAGCAGAAAGUUAGAAAUAUGAUUAAAGUUGAUUGCAUCGAUUUCUGACUCCGAUGGACUUAAAAAUGCAAUCUUCAGAACUCUCAAUGAAAUAAGGAAUAUUGACAUGGCCAUUUUGUUUUGUUUCACACAACCUAAAGGUUGCCAAAAAUCGUCAGCCAGAAAUAUUUCACAUUCUCCUGCUUUUUGGUAAUUAAGAUAGUGUGUUUCAAAUUGACGUUGAUAUUCAAAUAGAUAAAAAUCUGGAACUUUGUUUUGGGACUCGUUAUUGCGUUUAUGCAGCUUCAAGUAACUUGUAAGUAAUUCUUUCGAUUUCCAAAGGUGCAUACGAUGAUUGAAGAGAAUUGGAAAAGUUUUGAUAAACGAGAAUUUCUCAUCAGUAAGAAGUUUAGAAAAUAAAUCCUCAAGAGUAGCAUUUUCGUUCAUAUUAUAUUCAAACUGUUCACCAGCCAAUGUUUGAAUACAAAUACUUAUAGAAGCUUGAGAUAUGCUUUCUUCCAAUCGAAGCUCGGUGCCUGACUUGAGACCAUAUUCAUGAAUUGUCCUUGAUGGUAACAAUCGAUCGUUGUUAUAAAACAGACUGAAGGACUUAGUCGUAUCACUGUCAAAAUCUUCCUUGAGCAUAUUAAUGAAGUCUUUAAUCUUCAUAUCAGAAGCAGGAGUCGGACAUCUAUUUGAUUGUCCACGAUAUAUUAUAAUCAAGUAGUUAUCUGCCAUUUUCUAUUUGAAAGACAGAAAGGAAAUCGAGUGUAAAAAGUAAAUCUGAAAAAUCGUUAAUAUAAAUUUAUAACGUAAGUAAAAGAUCUCUCUACUGGACACCUUUCGAAGCGAUGAAAGGCUUUUAAAUGGUUUGUAGAGAAAGAGGGAUUGGACUCGUUCACGAUGAUUUACACCAUCGAUUGAGAUUUUCCCCUUGCUAUCAUCGAAUGAAAACUAAGAAUGGAUGAAAAAGUACUGGAGUGAGUGAAGAACGUGGAUAUAUAUAUAUAUAUACAGGUAAAUGUGCGAGUUUGAAUGAUUGGGAUAAAGGGACAUUUUUCGUCCAAAGUGCAAUUUGGUAAAAAUCGUCAUUAAUGGAAAAAACCUCGUAUUAAAAAAUGGAAUAAACCAUAAUAAGAUGAUUUGUGUUAUGUUGAUGACGUCUUUCACAAAAUCUCACCUGUACGGAGGGAUUUUUUCUCAUAGAAGUAACAGAAUGAGUGAAAUGAGUCAUGUCAAUGGGUGCAGAUGUAGAUAAACGUAGGAGUUUUGAUGAUUGGAAUAAGGGAAAAUAUUUGGGCGAACUUGCAAUUUGGUAAAAACCGUCGUUGAUAAAAAAAACCACUAUGUUCACUAUAUUCAGAUAUGUACUACUGUAGACAUAAAUAAGUUUCUUGGAAGUGAAUAGAAGGCAAUGAAUUUUGAAUUCUGUCGAAUUAAUGGAUACGUUAUCACAUUCAUCCUCGCGUGUACACUAGGAAGAGUGGCCCAUGUAAAAAUUUUUGGUUAAUAUAGGAAACCUUGUGAAAUGAAAAUUUGUGAAAAAUUUAACGACUUUGCUUUGGAUAAGUCAGUAGACUCUUCAUGAUUUUUCAAAAGAGAUUUUAUUUCAGAAACGCAUGAAAAUACAUAAAAUAUACAAGUUGUUGGGUAAAUGUCUAAUUAGAGUUCAAAAACAAAUAGAAAAAAAAACAGUGUACCCAUGUUAUAACAACAAAAAGACUGCGACAGUAGUGUCCAAGGACUGAGAAAUAGGAAUUCCUAAUUAGCAGAGGAAUUGUCAGUGUAGUUAUGAUAAUUCCUUGGGGAAAUAGGAAUUGACCAUUAUUUCCAUCACAGUUCCCUCAUUCAUGAAAGUCAAGAUAAUGCUUUUUUUGCAAUAAUUUUCGUACUCAUACGUUCAUGUGCACAAAUUUCUUGAUGAAAACGAGUGUAAGAGUAAUAAGUACCGUGAAUAUUGUAUUUUUUUAAUUUUAGUAUUCAAAGUAAUGUCAGGGAACUGCGUAGGAAUUCCUAUUCCUCAGUCCUUGGACGCCCCUCGUUACAAGGCAUUUGUGGUACCUUUUAAAAACUGAAAAUUUCAAUCGUUAAUCGACUCACAAUUUUUUUGUGAAAUAUGCAUUUUUAAUCUGCAGACUUUGCUCUAUCUAACGGUAAAAGAAUCAAUUUUCUAACACCUUGUCCAGGCUCACAAUCGAGCCCGACAUUUGUGCCAAGACUUUUGCAUCAGUCGUUAUAUAUGUACAGCUACAGUCGCAUCCGAAUCGUACUGUUUUAGUUGACUUUUAAUCAAAGAAUAAACCAUGGUUGUGUCAUUUUAUUUGUCAAUACUUUAUAUGAAUUGUCUCAGGAUUUUCAGUUCAAGCGGGAUUAUUUGAAACUGAACUGAGUUUAAUUCCAUCAUAAGUAAUAUACAUUGAAGAGUUUCGCUUGACAACUAAUCAUAAAAUAUGACUGUAGUUUCAGUCACUAGUGGUUUAUUUCGUGCAGAAUAAAGUUUUAAACUUCAGUUUUGUUAUUAAAGACUGUGAUGUGGGUUUAGAUGCGGAUAUGUGGGUCUUUAGAUCUCACUUUCGGUGUGGACAUGUAUUUUUUUUUUAUGUCCAAAAACAAUGUAUUAUCAACACCCACAUCCCACAUUCACACCGAUACGCACUCACCUACACCCCACAUACACAUUCCC